CCCGAAACCAUUAGUAGUAUACCGGGCCCUGGUUAUCCAUACGGGGGGUAUCAAUACGGUACACAAGCGCGGCACUGCACUGUCAUACCGCCCGUGUCUGGUGCAGGAUAUCCCCCGUACCCGCCACCUCAGCUAGGCCAACAAGUCCACCCGGUGCCACCGGAGGUCAGUCCUGGUAAAGAAAUAAUAAUAGCACUGAUGGGGGUCACAGGUAAAGUCCAAAGUGCACUCAAAACCGAUACGUAUUUGCUGACACAAGCCAUAGGCGCUGGUAAAAGCUAUUUCAUUAGAGAGGUCUCUGGUAACUCUCAGAUCGAAGUGAGCAGUGAUCUCUACUCUUGUAAGAUAGCCUCCUUCUGGAGAGGUUGGGCUCGAGCGCUGACAGGGGGAAGGCACCCGCAAGGUCCAAUCCUACUCUUUUGAGUAUCAGGGGGUAAAAAUCACGCUAGUAGACACUCCGGGGUUCAAUGAUACGGAUAGAAGCGAUACCGAGAUCCUACAAGAGUUUGCUGAUUGGGCUACCUAUACCUAUAAGCAGGGGCGACUCCUCUCCGGUAUCAUCUAUCUUCAUCCCAUCACCCAUACCCGCAUGGAGGGUUCUGCCCUAAGGAAUCUUAGGAUGUUCUGGAGCUUGUGUGGUCAGGAAUUCCUGAGCAACGUUCUUCUCACAACAACGCAGUGGUCUAACGUUGAUCUGGGAGAAGGGGGGCUUCGUGAGAAUAGUCUCCGGAAUUGGGAUUUCUGGGGAGGGCUUAUUGAUAAGGGUGCCACUCUCCAGAGAUUCGAUGGUACUAGAGAAUCAGGAUUGGAGCUUAUCCGCAGAUUGAUGCCAAAAGAGCGAAGGCCUCUCAAUAUCCAGGGUCAGAUUGUCGAGCAAAAUAGGACCCUUCUUGAGACCGCUGCAGGACAAUGCAUUAACGAGGAAUUGAUUGCCCAAGAGAAGAGACAUAAGGAGGAAAUAGAAUCCUUGGAGAGAGAACGGCGGGGGGCUAUCAGUGAAAGAGAUAAUGAGAUUAGGGAGAUCCUUGCGGCGGAGCAGGCAAGAUUUCGCAAGAAUCUCGAAAAAGUCUCUGCCGAAAAGAAAUUGUUAGCAGAGUUGCAUGAAGCAGAGGGAGAAAGACACAAGGGGAGAGAAAUGGGGGAGCAGUUGUUCCUUGGUAGUUGAAAAUACCCAACGGUCAACUCUUGACAGGUGCGUGCAGAGGAGCGAGACAGGGGCAGAUGUGUGGCGCCUCAAAUAUCAUGAGCGAGAAAAAUAGGGGAUGGCGACUAACAUUUGGCAUAGCCUCCCUUUACUUCUAGGACAGCGUCCACGCCAUUGGGCAUUAGUCCUAGCACACCAAGGCCUUCCCGGAAGAGAGGAGAGAUGAACAAUGAUCAAAAAAACGGCAGAGGAACUCGAUACUCAUUCCUUUCUCUGUAUUUGUUAUUUCUCACUGGGUGAUCAUGGGAUUCUCCUUUCUCUGUGCGGGUAACUAGGCCCCCCGGAUGUAUUAAACAUGGCGAUAGAGAGGAUUUUUUAUGGGGCUGGGUUAUUAUGU